CGUAUUCUUAUGCUUGUGUCGACUUCUUUUCUACGAGAAGACUUUAUCCAGCCUAGUCAUCACUGCACACCGUAAACAGGUGUGUCUGUGCUUUGUCUCAUUGUAUUCUCCCUUUAACGGUCGCGAUCACGACAUUACCAGCGCAACAAUGCAAUCCUCGAGAUGACACUAGACCAAUGCCAAUGGAAUCGACCGCCUGAUUGAAUCAGCCUCUCCUCCAAAAUUCUUGAUAUCCUCCCUCAAUCCCGCUCAAUGGCUAGCUACUCGACACCCUCUUCCUCACCGCCACCGACUCCCCGACGCCGCCGCUUACGUUCUUGCGCAGACAAAUGUGAGCGCGGAUGCUGCACGGUGGCUACCUACUUUCCACUUGCCUUCGUCUACAGUCUGUCAACAUGGGCCGUUUAUGUUGUUUCUUCGAUAGGAUUUGGGGCACAUCGAUCUAAACAUGUGUGGUGGCUGAUACAACUGAUCUCAUGUUUGGGCGUAAUACUCUAUGGAUUGGCGAACCUCUCAUACACAAUCGCAGUCUUUACAGACCCCGGAUCACCGCUGGACUCUCGGCGAGGCUCGUCUCGUUCUAAUCCGGGGCAAUAUUCAGUCCUUCCGACGAACGAGCGGUCAGCAGACUUGAACGACAUUCAAACAAUCACAGUUUCUUCCACGGGAGCACCGCGCUAUUGCAAGAAAUGCCACGUCUCAAAGCCCGACCGGACGCAUCACUGCUCGACAUGCAAACGCUGCGUAUUGAAGAUGGACCACCAUUGCCCCUGGCUCGCGACGUGCCUGGGUUUGCACAAUUAUAAAGCAUUCGUCUUGUUCCUCAUAUACAUCUCACUGUUCAGCUGGGCAUGCUUCGCCAAUUCAGCAUGGUGGAUGUGGAGGGAGUUGUUCGAGGACAGCGGCUACCUUGAAGAAGCAGCUCCCAUCAAUAUCAUCUUACUCGCCGUCAUAUCCGGAAUCAUCGGGCUGGUACUGACCGGGUUCACCUCUUGGCACAUUUAUCUCUGCGCCAAGGGCCAAACUACGAUCGAGAAGCUGGAAAAAACGAGAUACCUGAGCGGGGUGAGGAGUCGAGUCGAGCGAAACCGACAGGAACAGCAAUUAAACCAACACCGUCGCGGCUCGGAAGGAGUAGCUGAACGACUCCAACGAGCCGGCGAGCAGAUCCUCGAGUUCCACGCCAAUGCUGUCCCUGGAGCGUCGCGUUAUGAAGAGGGCGAAGAACACACAUCGCCUGUGCCGAGUGUCUACAAUCCUAAUGUCAACCAACACCAUCCUCAACAUCCGCAUAACUACACCCAAAAGACCCCCUACCACGACAAUACUGGCGAUACGCCCGCACUGCGCGCCCUAAGAAGGACGUACUCCAACAUCGAAGCCGAGCGUGAACGAGAGCGAUAUGCCGAGUACAUGGACGACUACGAGUCCGAAAAGAUGCCCAAUGCAUUUGACCUGGGAUGGCGGCAAAAUUUGAACCACCUGUUCGGACCGACCCCGCUACUGUGGUGCUUGCCUGUGUGCAAUACUACGGGCGAUGGAUGGCGGUGGGAAGUCAGUCAGAAAUGGCUCGCGGCUCAGGAGGAGGCGGCGCGGCGGAAAGAGCAAAGGCUCGAGACGAUGAGAAAUGAGCAGCAUAAUGCAUACGGCGGCGGACGCGGUGUAGGCAUGAGAGGGCGCGGAUAUGCUGGCUAUGAACGGGAUCGCGACCGGGAUCAUGAGUAUGGGCGAAGUAUGCAGAGCGCGAUGAGCAUGCAGCAUUUACCCCACCAGCAGCAGCAGAGGGGGAGGCAGAGGACCGACUUUGAUCGCGGCGAGAACGGGCAAGUCGAGCGGUUUCAGGUUAGUAGCUCUGAUGAGGAGAGUCAGGAAAGCGACAGUGAUUCGGAUAUUGGAUACGAUGAUGACGAUGCCGAAAGAGGGUGGAAGCGUCGGGACCGUGCGAGGAGAGGGAGAUGAUGCGAGGCUGUGUCGCUCUGUGCUUCUUGCCGAACACCGUUUGUAUAUUGCUGUCAUCAUCAAUUGAGCGUUCCACACACAAGAGCGUACCCAACGGAUGCCUAAUUUAGGCUGCUUUUGAGAUGGGCAUUGCUGGAGUUCUAGUCCGGUACGAGUACCACUUGAAGCAAAACAAAGCAAAGCUGCGUACCAAGGCAGUGCAGAUAUCCCUAACCCCUG